GUCAGAAUAGAAGCGUCCAAAGGAGUCAACAUGGCGGCGGGCGACUCGAAUGAAGAAAACUCUCGAGGAAAAAUGAAAAUUGACGGCUGAGAGUUGGUUAUCUAGAGUGACAUCUUGCAGAGAUCAGUGCUUCCAUCACGAGUGUCUUCCAUACCAGAGAACAAGAUGCUAUUCGAGGACCCAGACUUCCCAGCGAGUGACUCAGCACUGUAUUACAAAGGCAGCUCGGAGAAUGUUGGACAGAUAGUCUGGAAAAGACCACAGGAGCUUGUUGCAGACCCCGUGCUGCUCCCAGCUGAAGGUGACCUGUGUGUACAGGAUGUGGUGCAGGGCAGGCUGGGAGACUGCUGGUUCCUGUGUGCCUGCGCUGCCAUUGCACCACAUAGACAACUCAUACAGAAGGUUAUACCAGUCCAGCAGAAAACCUGGGGUGACCAGGAGUACAACGGGAGGUUCCGCUUUGCGUUCUGGAAGUUUGGGAAGUGGACAGAAGUGACCGUUGAUGAUAGACUUCCCUGUAGAGACGGCAGGCUGGUCUACUCCAGAUGUGCCAACAGAUGUCACUUCUGGCUCCCCCUGCUGGAGAAAGCCUAUGCCAAAUUGCACGGAUGUUAUGAGGCUAUAGUUGCAGGACAGGUGUGCGAUGCACUAGUGGAUCUGACAGGGGGCGUUGCUGUGAAGAUCCCCCUGAAAAUCCCACCAUCACAGUUGGCCGAUCGACUUCUCAGGGUCCAUAGAAAAGGGAUGUUGCUGACAUGUUCAACAAACCAUCCUGAAGUACUGCACACUAGUGGGAUCAGCCAACACAGUGAGGAAACAUGCCAGAUACAUGCACACAACAUCACUUCUGUACAACAGCGUCCUGUGACUGUGAGGGGGCCCAGCCAACAUAAAGACGAACUGUGCCAGCCACAUGCCUACAACAUUACGUCAGUACAACAGGGAACUGGGGAAUCAGAAGGAGAUGUCUGGCUGAGUCUGCAUAACCCCUGGGGAGGACAAACACCCACAUACUCCAGGAUGAAAUUUGCAGACUUCUGUCAGGAGUUCCAUGAGGUCACCAUCGCCUCUCCUGUUCCUGACCUACAGCUCUUUGACCUCGCUACCAGUUGCCAUGGCAACAACCAUGAAACCUUGGAAAUUCAUGAGGAGAGCGUGGAGGGAUGCUGGGAGUUGGGCGUGUCUGCCGGGGGUUGCCGUAACAACCUGGAGACCUAUCCCACAAAUCCCCAAUACCUGCUCACCAUACAAGCUUCUUCGGAUAACCGAGCAAGUGACUGUGAUGACCAGGAGUGUUUUGUACUGCUGACCCUGAUGCAGCAGACCAACAGACUCCAGCCAGCGUGGAAGUCACAGGAAAAAGCAGUGGGGAUACAUGUCUGGCAGGCAGGAGACACGCCUACAAGACUGACCGCUCCAGACUUCAUCAAUGAUGAACCCGUUGCCAUGACAACCCCUCCCCAUGCCCAUGCCAGGGAAGUGACCCUGACCUGCCUGCUGAAGCCUGGAGCCUACAUCAUCAUCCCCAACACUUUCCAACCUGACGUCGGGAAGGGAUUUCUGCUGAGAGUUUUCUCAUCGUGGCCAUUUGAACUCAGGGAACGUCCAUCCAUGUUGCUAGGUAACAGCCAUGCCCCAGGUCUGCCCCGCCCACCAGGACACGCCCUAACCUUCCAUGGCCAGUGGGAGGCAGGUGUGAAUGCUGGGGGCUGCAGGAACUACAAAUACUUCUACACCAACCCACAGUACUUCUUCUGUGUACCCACAGGAGAUGAAAACGUCAAAACUGUAACAAUCACACUGCUACAGGAGAAACAGCCAAAGUUACCUUAUAUGUGCCAUGCUGCUGCUUUUCAUGUCUACAAGGUUGACAAGUGUGAAAGAAUCACCGACAGGGAGUUCUUCAAGAAGGCAGAUGUUGGGAACUGCGUUCCUCACCAGUAUCUGACCAGGGUGUCCAAACAGUUGGUCCUACCAGCUGGGUGCUAUGUCGUCGUGCCUUCCACUCACCAGCCAAACUGUGAGGGGAAAUUCGUCCUUUCCGUUGCCUUUGAUUGAUUGCUGCUAUGUAAUAGCCUAGAAACAUUAUUAUCGUUGUUGAAUGAAAGGAUCAAUAGAAAAUGUUAAUGGGACAGUUUCAAGAGGGCGACCAAGCAAAGGUAGUCUUAUGAAAGUACAUGUACCUAAGCCCUUCAAGACCAAGACUAGCUUGCAACAGAGUGAACUGGGGACAGUCAAGGGAUGGGUUCCCCUUUUACCAGUGAAAUUACACCCUGAGUUGAUGAUGUUAUAAAGUUAUGUAUUUACGGGUAAUACUAUGAUAUAAUAAUUUAUUAGAAAGAAUGUUGCAAUU